AUGCUCGCCGCGGCCCUGCGGUCGCUCGUGGUCGCGGAGUGCGAAGGUGGGGACGGCCUUCCUCCACAAGGAGAAGGCCCUUCCGUGCUGUUCGAGAUCCCGCUGCAAGGCACGGCGGUCGGCCUCGCCUGGGGAGGCGCUGGCGACCGCAUCGCGGUGGCCGUGCGUGGCUCCGCGACGAGCUCGGACCGAGUUUGUUUCGUCCAGGAGACGCUUGGACAAGAAGGCACCAGUAUUGAGGAGGAGAUUGCCUUGCCGGGAAGCGCUGGAGUCACCGAUGUGAGUAUGCGCUACCGCCCCGAGGACGGUGGUACAUGGGCCGCCAUAUCUGGCACAGACGGGGCCCUGCGCCUGGUGGACGCCAGCCCCGGUGCCGCGCCCGCGCUGGUGCGGACGCUGUACAGCCACGGCGUGGCCGCCACCGCCGUGCAGCUCUCGGGCAGCGCGGAUGUCAUCGCUUCCGGCAGUGCAAGCGGCAACGUGGUGGUGCAGCCCUUCCCCGGCGGCUCCGGCGGCGGCCCGAGCAGCCCGGCGCCGCUGCCCAGCAUCACGGCGGAGGAGGAGGAGGAGGAGGUGACGAUCACGAGCCUCUGCUACUCACCACUGAGACCCGACGCGCUUGCCGCCUGCGACGCCGCGGGCCACAUCCAGGUCUGGGACACGGUGGCGCUCCGACACUUGUGCGUGUUCUCGCAGGCUCACGGCAGUUCCGCACGGGGCCUGUCCUUCUCGGCCCACAACAGCGGCCUCCUGAUAUCUGGAGGGGACGACGCGCUCCUGGGCUUCUGGGACGUGAACAACGGCCGGCGCAUCCGCGAGGUGAGUGCAGGAGACUGUCUGUCGUCCAUCUCCUACCACUCCGGCGGCUACCUCCUGGCAGUUGGCACGCACGUGGGCUCCGUGCUGCUCUUCGACCUCCGCAUGCUGGUGUCCGCGUCCAGGGAGCAGCCGGCCCUGCCCGUUGGCAGCCUCUCGCUGCAACAAGCGGACGGCCCCGGGCCCAGAGGCGGCCCCGUCCGCGCCAUGGCCUUCGUGCCGCCGCCGACCGGCGGCGGGAUCGCCAGCCCGCCGAGCAGCCCAGGGCCCUCCGAGGCCGUCGGAGCGGGCUCGCCCGCCAGCGCCGUGGAUGCGGCCGGGGCGGUGGCGGCAGGCCCCGCAGCGCCUGCAGACCCGGCGCAGGGCGCCCCCGGCGCGGACGCGGACGCCGGGCCGGCCGCCUCCCGCGCCAGCGCCCCGCCGGCGGCCUGGGCGGCGCCGCCCGUCACGCCCACGCUGAGGCAUCGCGGGCAAGAGGCGUCGGAGGCCAUGAGAUUCACCAUCGGCACCACACCCCAGGACAAGCCUGCCACCGCCAGCCCCUGGUGGAGCCGGGCGCCCGAGCCCGCCGACGGCGCGGACGACGAGCUCCUCGCCACGGGCGCCGGCAGCCCCCUGGACACGGCCCCCGCGAGGGCGCCGCCGGCCGGCGCCGCCGUCGCCGAGGCCUUGCGCCCCAUGAUGGCCGAGCUCCGGCAGGAACUGCUCGGAGAAGUACGCGAGGCGCAGUGCGCCCUCCUGGAGCAGGGCUUCCGCCUGCACGCGGAGCUGCGCCAGGACGUCGAGGCGCUGCGGGCGGAGGCCAGAGUUGCAAACCUGCGGCGCCUCGCCGCCGAGCUGGAGCGCACUGGCCUGCGCGAGGCACUCACCAGCUUGGAGGCGGCGGUCACGUGCGGCUCUGCCGGUGCCACGCCUAGCUCUGCGACCCUCGUGGUGCACGUGCCCUGCCUGUCUUGCCUCGCGGAGUGCAAGGCAGGUGCCAAGUUGCUGGCGGACAUGGAGGAGAAGAUCUCCCUGGCGCUGGCACUGGUGGAGGCCUCCACUCGGGGCCAGGGCGGCAUCGGUUUCAAGCUUGGUAGCUGCGCCGCUGCAGCCGCGGCUGACCUGGUCACCACCGCCCUGGCAUACGACUUGCACGGUGGCGGGUACCCGCGGGACUUCGCUAACAAGCGCGACGCGGUCAACCUCGAAUUCGGCAUCCAUUUGGGCCCCCCCCCCAGCGCUACCAUUGCGCCCACUCCCCCGACCACGUGGAUUUCCGACGCGCGAGGAGAUUCGACCGACAAGAGUAAGGUCUUCCUCUCUCCUCAACCACUACGUCAAGCGCCCGACCGCAAGUACGACGUCAUCUACUUCCAGUAUUCCUUCCACGUCGAGCGCGCGGGGACCACCGACCGCUACUACGAAGUCUACGACGUCCACCACUACUUCCUCGACUACGACCUCAUCCGCCUGCGCUCGUGGAGACGCGAACGACCCCUGCACUUCCGACCUACAGGAUCGCUGACUCGCGAACCUUUCGCUGUCCCCAGCCGCUCGUGA